CUUUGAGUCAAACUUGGUCAGGUUUGCUGCAUAUUAUCUCGAGGGGAAAGAGAAGUUGUGUAAGGCCCACGUGCCCUUUCUUGGACGUGGUCAUGAAGCUGCUGGAGAUUUGAUAUCGUAAUACCGCCCAUUACUCUAGCAUACCUUCUCGUAAACAUCCAUAAAGCACAAUUGAGCCCAAAGUUUGAGGCGCAUAAACAGGGAGCCGUAAACAAUUCUUUCCGGAAAAGGCUGGAAGCGAUGGCGUCGACCAACACGCCCAUCAUUGCAGACCUCAAGGGCAAGCGGGUGCUUGUCACAGGCGGAUCUGCAGGCAUCGGAAAAGCCGCUGCUUUCGCUUUCGACGCCAACGGAUCAUCCGUUGCGGUCCUGGGACGGCGCCUUGAGCGCUUGGAGGCAGUGGCAUCGCAGCUGAAGCACGGUGUCUCCAUCGUGGCGGACCUUACCAAGGAGGAAGACCUGAAGCGAGCCAUCAAGGAGACUAUCGAAAAGCUGGGAGGCCUGGACAUUCUGGUUAACAGUGGAGGAGCUGUUACCGACGACAUGUUCAACGGUGAUGAGGCUGCAUUCAUCUCUGCGUACAAGCUGCAUGUCACAGGCAACCUGACACUGAUCCGGGCAGCAGAAGAGGAGCUCAUUAAAAACAAGGGCGCAGUGAUAAACAUAUCUUCAGUGGCUGCCAUCAUGCCGACUCAUGCAAACUUCUCAGCCUAUGGCGUGGCCAAGGCGGCUCAGGACAAGCUGACUCAGGACCUCGCGUUCGAAUUCGCACCUAAGGGGGUUCGCGUCAAUUCCAUCCUGCCGGCCACGAUCGACACGGAGGUGUUUGACACGAUGGCGGAGCAGAAGGGGACCCCCAAAGCAGACCUCCUCGCAGGAAUGGCGCCAUGGCAUGCAAUGAACCGAGUUGGACAGCCCGAGGAAAUUGCGGCGCCGAUUGUGUUUCUGGCGUCCGACGCAGCGUCCUUCAUCACCGGGGUGAACCUGCGCGUCGACGGUGGCGCGACCCUCGGGUACUGGUUCAACAGAACCUCCUUCCUGGAUUGAAGCCAAGAUUAGAAGAACUCAUGUGUGGAUCCACUCAUCCGGAUAGAUGUGCACAUAGGAUUACCCCGUGAUGAACUUAGUUGUGAGUCAGCUGCAUCAGUGUCAGCUGUAGGGUUGAUGCUUCUAAGACUCUUUGCAACAGCCUUAAAAUUGUCCCGGCCUGAGACUUGAGAUUUGAUACAUGCAAUUCUUUGUAUUACUCAAGAUUCAGCACGUGGCACCAAACAUACUGUGUGUCAAGUUCUGCUUCAGCAAAGCAGUCCUUCCUGGAAAGAUGCCCAGAGCACAGGCGGCUGCUGCUCUUUGACGGGGAUGCAAAUAUGAGAAAUCCACAAUGAACUCAAAAGCAGAAUACCAGUUGUGGCAGGGGGUGGGUUUAGGAACUCGCUGAACCUAUUUUGGAUAUCUUUGCCAGGUGUGAAUAUGUGAAUGACAGCAGCGUACGGGUUUGCUGCCAUUGGAUCCUCAGGACAGGCUGUAAGCAUCUUGCAUACUGAUGUUCUUAUGAAUUCAAAUUCUUACAUCUGCAGCUCUUCUUGCCUGCAAAUGCAAAAGUC